CUCAGUUUGCGCAGUUCGGACUCGUUCAUUUAUACAUUACAUACUUGCACAGGCGUAGUAGUAGUAGUAGUAGUCGUAGUAAAAUUAUCCUUUUCUUUUAGUAAUAAAAAGAGAAUUUGGUACUGGUACUGGUGACUACUCACUAGGGUUAGGUUACUGACUGACACGCGCAAAUAUCUUUUAAUCGACAUGUAUAUAUCCACCUACUGCUCCUCAUCUUCAGCUUCCUCGUCUUCGAUCCUCAAGGCUUGUAGAGUUCGCUUUGCUUCCACCCUCUCUUCCUCUGUGAAACAUUCUUUCUCAUCGCCUUCUUCUCGGACCUUCGCCAGAAAUCCGCCGUUGCAUUCGUCGUCGCGUCCGUCGAGCCUCGGAUACCGAUCGCUGAGCUUCUCUUCGGCUCUCCGAUCCAUUCGGUGUUCCGCUCCGCGGUGGAGUCACGGUGUUGAUUGGCGAUCGCCUGUCAGUCUUAGAGCUCAGAUCAGGACUGCGUCUCCUGUUCUCGAACGCUUUGAGCGCAAGAUCGCUACCAUGGCUUCCGAGCAUCCUUUCAGUGGAAUUUUAUCUGGUCUUCCCAAGCCUGGAGGAGGUGAAUUUGGGAAAUUCUAUAGCCUUCCUGCUCUGAAAGAUCCUAGGAUUGACAAGCUUCCAUAUUCUAUCAGGAUACUCUUAGAGUCAGCAAUACGAAAUUGUGACAACUUCCAAGUCGCCAAGGAGGAUGUGGAAAAAAUUAUUGAUUGGGAAAAUUCUGCUCCGAAGCAAGUUGAGAUUCCUUUUAAGCCUGCUCGUGUUCUGUUACAGGAUUUUACUGGAGUUCCAGCUGUGGUCGACCUUGCUUCCAUGCGGGAGGCUAUCAAGGACCUUGGUAGUAACCCCGACAAAAUCAAUCCUUUGGUUCCUGUAGACCUUGUCAUCGACCAUUCUGUUCAGGUAGACGUAGCCAGAUCAGAAAAUGCUGUGCAGGCCAACAUGGAUCUUGAGUUCAAGAGAAACAAAGAGAGGUUUGCUUUUCUGAAAUGGGGAUCCACUGCCUUCCGCAAUAUGCUUGUUGUUCCUCCUGGUUCUGGUAUUGUCCAUCAGGUGAACCUGGAGUAUCUUGGACGAGUUGUUUUUAACACCGAGGGCAUUCUGUACCCUGAUAGUGUUGUAGGAACUGAUUCUCAUACAACCAUGAUUGAUGGCUUGGGUGUCGCUGGAUGGGGAGUUGGAGGAAUUGAAGCAGAGGCAGCAAUGCUUGGCCAGCCAAUGAGCAUGGUUCUGCCCGGUGUUGUUGGCUUUAAGUUGUCUGGGAAAUUGCGUGAUGGGGUUACUGCAACAGAUUUGGUUUUAACAGUGACGCAAAUGCUGAGAAAACAUGGUGUGGUUGGCAAGUUUGUUGAGUUUUAUGGUGAGGGUAUGGGUAAGUUAUCGUUGGCAGAUAGAGCAACAAUUGCAAAUAUGUCUCCUGAGUAUGGAGCAACCAUGGGGUUCUUCCCUGUGGAUCAUGUCACGCUACAGUACCUAAAAUUGACUGGAAGAAGCGAUGAGACAGUAGCAAUGAUCGAGGCAUACUUGCGUGCAAACAAAAUGUUCGUUGACUACAGUGAGCCUCAACAAGAUAGAGUGUACUCGUCUUAUCUGGAGUUGGAUCUUGCUGAUGUUGAACCUUGUAUUUCAGGACCUAAAAGGCCUCAUGAUCGAGUUCCUUUAAAAGAUAUGAAGGCUGAUUGGCAUUCAUGUCUCGACAAUAAAGUUGGGUUCAAGGGCUUCGCUGUACCAAAGGAACAACAGGAGAAAGUUGUAAAAUUUUCAUUCCAUGGGCAGCCUGCGGAGCUCAAGCAUGGAAGUGUUGUCAUAGCAGCUAUUACAAGUUGCACAAACACAUCAAACCCAAGUGUGAUGCUUGGAGCUGGUCUUGUUGCAAAGAAGGCAUGUGAACUGGGGUUAGAGGUAAAACCAUGGGUUAAGACAAGUCUUGCCCCAGGAUCUGGGGUUGUAACAAAAUAUUUGCUCCAGAGUGGCUUGCAAAAGUACCUGAACCAGCAAGGCUUUCAUAUUGUUGGCUAUGGUUGCACAACUUGUAUUGGUAAUUCUGGGGAUCUGGAUGAAUCAGUUGCUUCUGCUAUAGCUGACAAUGACCUUGUUGCUGCGGCCGUGCUAUCUGGAAAUAGGAACUUUGAAGGUCGUGUUCAUCCACUGACGAGAGCUAACUAUCUAGCUUCACCUCCUUUGGUUGUAGCCUAUGCACUAGCCGGCACGGUUGAUAUUGACUUUGACAAAGAGCCAAUUGGAACUGGAAAAGAUGGGAAGAGCAUUUAUUUCAAGGAUAUCUGGCCUACCAGUGAAGAAAUUGCACAGGUUGUUCAAUCCAGCGUUCUUCCUGAAAUGUUCAAGAGCACUUAUGAAGCCAUUACAAAAGGAAAUCAAUUCUGGAAUCAGUUAUCCGUACCUUCAUCAAACCUUUACGGUUGGGACUCAGAGUCAACGUACAUCCACAAGCCUCCCUACUUCAAUGGCAUGACAAUGGACCCACCUGGUCCCCGUGGAGUGAAGGAUGCAUAUUGUUUGCUGUUGUUUGGGGACAGUAUCACUACUGAUCAUAUCUCUCCCGCAGGAAGCAUUCACAAAGAUAGCCCUGCUGCCAAGUACUUGAUGGAGCGUGGGGUUGACAGAAAGGACUUCAAUUCUUAUGGUAGCCGUCGUGGCAAUGAUGAGGUGAUGGCUAGGGGUACUUUUGCCAAUAUUCGGAUAGUAAACAAAUUGUUAAAUGGAGAAGUGGGCCCAAAGACCAUUCACAUUCCGACAGGGGAAAAACUUUAUGUGUAUGAUGCUGCCAUGAGAUACAAGUCGGCCGGGCAUGAUACAAUUGUUCUGGCUGGAGCAGAAUACGGAAGUGGUAGUUCCCGAGACUGGGCUGCCAAGGGACCAAUGCUACAGGGUGUUAAAGCAGUGAUUGCCAAAAGUUUUGAGCGGAUUCAUCGUAGUAACUUGGUCGGAAUGGGUAUUAUCCCACUUUGCUUCAAGCCUGGCGAGGAUGCAGAUACACUUGGUUUGACAGGUCAAGAGCGCUACACCAUAGACCUUCCAACCAAGAAAAGCGAUAUUAGGCCUGGACAAGAUAUUACUGUGACAACAGAUAAUGGAAAAUCUUUUACAUGUACCCUGCGAUUUGACACAGAGGUUGAACUGGCAUACUUUGACCAUGGAGGCAUCCUUCAGUAUGUCAUUCGGAAUUUAUCCAAACAGUGAACUUAAUGAAGAGAGGAUUCAGCUCUGUGGUCUAUCAAUUUCCUCAUCUUGCAAAACUCCUGGUAUUUGAUGCGGUGAAUAAAUGCUUCUUUGACAUUCACUGGGAGCAAAUGUGCUCAUUUUUGCAUGAGAAGCCAUUGUUUUCCUCAUCCAGAAAAGCUUUCAAUAAUGGUGGGAUAUUCACAUGGUUUAACUCCGGGCUAUGACGGGAAUCUUACAUGGUUUGAGCAUAAUGUCCUUGUUUUGCUUUUAGUGAAACAGUAGUAUUUGAAUAUGUAACCAUCCCUGGCUGUGAUUUGGUUAGACCCGGAUGUGCGCUUCAAUCACCUUGCGACUCUCAUUAUACUGAUUUUUAAUGGGCAUAUGUGCUUGUUUCCUUUUGCAUUGAA